AACGGGACAAAACCCAAAGCUUCAAGUCCGACAGCUCAACAAAUAUGUCUGAUUGUCAGAUUGUCAACAAUGCACCUCGGUCAACUUUUGAAUCAUUGUCAUCUUUUUAAUCUUGUCAUCAUUUCACCUUGGUCACCUUUAUACUUGUCUAAAUCUCAGGUUGCAUGUUUUCCCAAGAAUGCUUAAUUCUGUCCUUCAUUAGGUCAUGCGUAUCCUCCCCCCUGGAUGGGAGUCACUCUGUGGACAUGGAGAAGUGGAGCAGGCACCAGGAAGUUAAAGAAUGAGCGGAUGCGUGUCUGGUGUGACACUGCAUGCAUCGUUGUCAUUUACUGUGUUGUACUGUAUCUAAACAAAACAUUGUCUGGGUGUGGCAUAGGGAGAUGUUGGUGUCAUUAACAUAAUAAUAAUAUGUUGUAAUGCAUUUUGGUUGUUUUUACACUGCUUACCUUUCUACCAACACGUUAUUGGUACAUAAGUCCUCUUUUGGCAGAAGCAGUAACUGUCACUGAAGCAAGUAAUUCCCAUGACCAGCAGAGGUAGUCAGAGAGCAGUGAACACAGAUGGAAGACUCACUUCUGCUGGUGUUACAACAACCAGUGGCAGGUUAUUCUCAUUGUUAGUAGAGCUAAGCACAUACUAGAAUUUUACAUUCAUGUUAUGUUACACUAGAAAUCCAGAUUUUGAAUUACCAUUAAUGAUGUUGUCUAAAAUGUCUCAUGGCUACACAUUUACAGGUGCACUGUCACAGAUCGAACUUCUAACAGAAGCUCUGGUAGAGUAGUGCAGAACUGCGAAUGUCAUGGAUUUAAGGAGUGUGACGUAAUUGUCCCAAGCCAAGGGUUAAUCUGUUGACUGCUCGGCUCAGAAUAGCUCUCGUUCAAGACGUCGCUCAUCUGCUGUGUCUUCUUUGCAGCUCUUGGUAACACAUGGCCUCAGUACAGUACAGUGAUGUGUCCAGCUGAUGUAACAGGCAUGUGUAGAAGAGCUGUGUGUGAGUAAGUGUGUGUUGACAAUGAAUAAUAUUUAAAUAGUAAUGCAGUCCUAUUUAUGUCUGGCCUAUUAUUAAUGUCUCAAAAUGUUUUAAAUUAAUCUAUUUUCCAAGUUAUAACAACUUAACUCUUACUUUAGUGCGAUUUGUUUUAUAACCACAAACCUUACUCGAACAACCAAACUCGUGCACGUUCCUGGGUGGAAAAUCUUCUUCUUAUGUACAGUAACUCUCUGCUGCUGUGAGAACUAUAAAUUCACAAAUGGAAAUGUAAUAACAUCAGAAAAUGGAUAGAAACUGAAAUACAGCUGCUUAUAGUGUUGGAAAGUGUAAUAGCAUUUAAUUAGUAAAAACUAAUUCCCAUUAAGGCACAUCCUCCUCCGUUAUAUGGAACGUGACCGUCUGAUGUUGUUAAGCCUUUGAGCUCAUGUUUCUUGGAAAGUCUUGUUCGCAGUGCACCAUCCUCAAACAUCCUCAUAACCUCUAAUGUUCUCACGCUUGCUCAGUUCCAAGAAGGGUAACUACACUAACAGCAGCAUGUCCCUGAAGGGACCAAAUCCAGCCCACCCUGCGUGAGGACUUCAGGCCUCCUACUGGGAGCCCUAAUUCACUUAUCUCAUUUUGAAUCAUUGUGGCUUCUUUACCCAACCAAGCCAAAACUCAGAUAAAUGCUUCUCUAAACCAGUUGUCCGGCUAGGUUGUGUACUUUUUGUGUGUUUCAUUUGUGUUUCAUGGCCUGCUUAGGCUUCACCUGGAAGCCAUGUGUCACGCUAUUGGAAAUUAGUUAAAUUUAACUAUUUGAUAAUAGAAUAAUACAAUACUGACAUCAAUACAUAUUGUAGCUGACUCCAUUUUAAUUUGUUUUUGAAUUUUUGAGAAGUAGACAGACAAUUUUAGGACUAUGCUACAGAACAGAAAGUGACAGAAGUAGUUUUACAAUUGUUUGUAUGUGUAAAUUAUAUGAUUUAUUUAUGUCUAUUGUAUUUAAACUUUAAACAAGGUGAGGUAGUAUUAAGCAGAACCCUGAAGGAACAUUGAUGUACCAAUUCGAGGAAGAGGAGUUAUUAAAGGUCAAAUUUCUGGUAUUGUUGUGAAUUGAACUUACUUACUGUACGAUAGUUUAUUGAUGGAUAACUACAAAACCAUACAGUAAAGGUAUUUGAUAUUUGCUGUGGUAGUAGUCGAGGUAGUACUAAGCAGAACUGUGAAGGAAUGGUGAUGUACCAAUUUGAAAGAAGUCAUUUUAUUCAAAUCCAAGUUUUAGAAUAGAGGCCAAUUCCCUUUUUAUAUUUUCCAUCAGUAAAUAUUUUUUUAAACAUUCACUCUAAAUUCCAUAAUUUCUUACAUUUGCUUCGUCUCCUUACGAAAUUAAUCCUAAUAUCGCCUCAGUUGCUCAUUAGAAUGAGUGAGUCCGCUCUUCUCGGUGAUCGCAACUCGGUUACCGUAACUAUCCCACGAAUCGCGCACCUCGAAUAUAGCGACGGCUCAUUUGAUCACGGAAACGCAAACAGUGGCUCCUUUGACCGCGGUAUUAUGCACGCUCUAAAAAAUAUCCUUCCUCAACUCACGUUGUCUAAACCCUGCAAAGACUAGAUAUUUUGUGCAGUGUGGGCCACGGCUCCACCCACGCCUCCGACGGUACGGAUUACAGUUUCUAACUCUGCCGUGUGAGCAGUAAAGAUGCGUUUAUAUUAAGAAGACUCGUUGUUUUCUUGUUUCAUUCAGUGAAAUGUCCCUUACUCGCUGCGCCGGUACUGCGUUAAACGUGCGUAAAAAGCGGUGUUAGUGAGCGCAAAACCAGUCUGUUGUGCGCCUCCUCGUUCCCUCACACUGGCCGAAAGCUACUUUAUAGAUAUGAAUCCGUAAAGUCUAACAGAGAAGAGACAGCAUGUCAGCGACGGUGGAAAUAAGAGAUUAACGAGAAACUCCAGGCGUUCGGUGUUGUGGGAUAAAACGCGCUACCGUGGAGGUAAAGCUCCCAGUCCUAUGUGGGAUGUUAAUGAAAUGGUGGUGCAUUGGCGCUGAAGGAGCAUGGUGAAACACCAACCCUUACAGGUCUACGAGAAGCAGGUCUUUGUGUCCUUUGUCACUGGGAUCUAUGGUUGCCGCUGGAAACGUUACCAGCGUUCCCAAGACAAUAGCUCCAGGUGGGAGUGUACGUGGUUCCUCAUCUUGUGUAGCUCCUUCCUUCUGCUUCUCUUCUGGGCCUACUUUUGGUUGGUGGCGCAGAAUGACUUUAAUGAAUUCAACUGGUCAGUGUACAAUCGCUCUGGAGAAUGGCGAGAUGAGACAGUUCCGCUCCUCGCGUCCACCACCGUAGGGUUCAGCUACAUCACAUUUCUACUGAUCUUAGCGCUCUUCCAUAUCUCCCUGGGCCAGCAGCUGAACCUCUACUGGGUUCACAAGAUCGGCGUGUUGGCUGCGUUGCUCACCACCGUCUCUGGUGUGGUUUCUGUUGAUGACAUUUGGGGAGAUGAGUGGGACAUCAUGCUUGUAUCGCUGCAGGCCACAGCACCUUUCCUACACCUUGGAGUCUUGCUGUCAGUCACUGCUGUCAGCUGGUUGGUAGCUGGAUAUGUGGUCCACAAAGAGAGAACCAAUUUCCAGGUGAUGGUGUUGUUGGUGUACGUCAUCAUCCUUAUUGCCGUGUAUUUGGCACCACUCAUGUUUACCUGCCCCUGCAUCAUGGACCAGCAUCGCCUCAAGCCUCGACCAGACAUCAUUGGUCAACGUGGAGCUCCGAUGCUGGCUCCAGAAAAUACCCUGAUUUCUUUCAACAGGGCUCUGCAGCACGGAGUCGACUCCCUGGAGGCCGAUGUCACUAUCAGUGUGGACGGGGUUCCCUUCCUCAUGAGAGACCGCACACUGAGGCGAACCACAGAUGUUGGUAAAGUCUUUCCAGCCAGACAGUUUGAAGACGCAUCUCUCUUCAACUGGACAGAGAUUCGCUCUCUAAAUGCAGGCCAGUGGUUUUUAGAGAAUGACCCAUACUGGACAGUGGAGACCCUCACAGUCAGGGACCGGAGCAGAAUAGGCAACCAGACAGUUUGCAGUUUGCUGGAGCUGCUGCGUUUGGCAGCCAGGGCCAACAGCUCGACGCUGCUGAACAUCCGCAAACCUCCGCCAGAACACCCGCGCUACCGGAGCUGGUUCAUGGACACACUGUGGGCCGUGCAGAAAGCAGGGAUCUCACAGAAGCGGGUGACGUGGACCCCUGACACAGAUAGGGGGAGGGUGCGAGGGCUGCAGCAGGCCGCGAAUGAGAAGCUGUCAGUGGACGAGAUAAGGGCGAGGGGAAUUACGAGCCUGACCCUCCACUACAGCAAGGCCAGCCACAAAGACAUACAGGAGUAUCUGGCCAACAACGUGAGUGUGACUGUCUACCCAGUGAAUGAGCCCUGGCUCUUCUCCAUUCUUUGGUGUAGUGGGGUGCCUUCUGUGUCCUCCAAUGCCCCACAAGUCCUCCAAAAGGUGCCUUACCCCAUCUGGCUCAUGAGCCAGAACGCCUACAACUUCAUCUGGAUCACUUCGGAUCUGGUGUCCCUAGCUAUAGUGACUGGGAUCUUCUGUUUUCAAAACUAUCAUAUGAUCAGACUGUGUCUGUACUGUAACAGGUGGAGGAUAAACGGGAUGCAUAACUGUAACCCAGAACAGAUUAUGCUGAGUGCUGUAGCACAGCGGUCAAGCCGGGAUGUCAACAUCAUGAAGGAGAAGCUCAUAUUUUCAGACUUGAAUAAUGGAGUCAACAGCACAGAGGAGCUUUCUCUGUAUCCGGAGAAUGGCUACGCCAGAUACUCUCAUGGAGGCCUCAGUCGCUGAGCAGAGGGCACAGCCACAACUGGGCAAAACACAGUAGAUGUCAGUUCAUUUCUUCAACUUGGACCUUAUUAUGAAUGCAGAUGCAGUAAGUGAUGGAAGCACAGAAACCAAACAAGGCUGAACAUCUUCAAAGUGAAUUUUAACGUAUCAAUUCAAUGGAACUCCAUGUCUGACAAUGUUACAUGAUAGAUAAAGUCUGGUUUAUUUGCUUAAACCUUGUAGACACACCUCCAGUAUUUGAACUAGCAAAGCUGUACUAUUACUUUUAUUUUAUGAUUUUAUUAAUGUUCUGUAUUAUUCACAAUGUGAUGAUGUUUUUAUUUUUCCUUCAUCAAUAAUGAUUUGAACAUGAAUUGUAUUCUCAUCAUGACAUGCGUUUUUGUAUGACAGACUGUUUAGGCUGCUGUGCGCUUCGGUGCAGUGUGACGGGGUGAGGGUUAUUCUUUGUGCUUGUUGUCUUCUAAUCUUCUAUUCUGCCUCACGUCAUGCCAUGAUGGAUUUCCUGCAUACCGUAGUUGUAGCAAAGGUUAAAACUUUCACAUGGCUGCCUUUUUGUUAAAUGCAUAUGGACUGUUAGCAGGUUUGUCUUCAUAGUUUCAUAGAUGAAAAACAUAGAUCAGGCUACAACCACAGCUGCAGAUCACAAAUAAAAAGGAUCUCUGACAAA